AUGGACGUGCCGAGUAUUCCGGAAUCUUUUAAAAAUAAACGAAUUUUCAUCACUGGGGGAACAGGUUUUUUAGGAAAAGUCUUGAUAGAGAAGAUUCUAAGGAGUUGUCCCGAUUUCAAAGUCAUGUAUUUGCUUCUUAGAGAGAAAAAGGGCAAACCGAUUGAGGAGCGACUCGAGGAAAUUUUUCAAAAUGAGGUAACACUCGAUAAUGAUCACUGUAAUCUGUUAUUCAGUUUGGUAAAAGAAAAAACGCCUGAAGUAUUUGAAAAAGUGGUAGCAGUAUCUGGUGACGUCACUCAACUCCAAUUAGGUUUGAACGAACCUGACAAACAAUUAGUACUCAGAUCGGACAUUGUAUUCCAUGUGGCCGCCAGUGUCAGAUUCGAUGAUCAUUUAACAAAGGCAACUUUGAUGAAUACUCGAGGAACACGAGAAAUGAUAGAACUGAUGUUGCAAAUGCCCAAUUUGGUGGUUGGUGUCCAUGUGUCGACUACUUAUUGCAAUACUGAUAAAGACACCAUAGAAGAAAAAGUGAACAGAGACCACGGAGAUUGGAGGGAAGCCAUCAGACUGGCAGAGAACUAUAAUGAUGAAUAUAAACUUGCAUGCCUCACUGAAAAAUGUCUAGGAGGAUUAAAAAAUACCUAUCUGUACACCAAACAUCUAGCUGAAAAUAUCGUGGAAGACUACAGCGACAGGCUGCCCUUGGUUUUAUACAGACCAGGCAUUGUCGUGUCUGCUUGGAAGGAACCAAUUCCAGGAUGGAUUGACAAUUGGAAUGGCCCUGUAGGUUUGACUGUUGCCGUCGGAAAGGGCCUUCUGAGAGUCGCUUACGCCAACCCCAAAAUCAUACUAGACUAUGCACCAGUAGAUGUCGUUAUCAAAGGCCUCCUGGUUGCAACUUGGAAUAAGUUGACUAAAAAGGGCCCUCAAAGUAAUCUACCGAUUUACAAUUGUUCGAUUUGCGAUAAAGUUAUUAAGACUCAAGAAGAGGUCUACGAAAUCGGGAUGGAAUUAUACUCGAAAUCGCCUUUUAAACUUUUGUGGUACCCAAGUUGUACGUUGACCAGCAGUUGGAUCAAAUUUUGGUUACUGUUUUUCUCCUUUAAUAUUAUCCCAGGAUUCAUCCUGGACAGCCUUUUAAAAAUCACAGGACGCAAACCAAUGUUAAUGAAGAUUCUACGAAAAGCAUAUGCUGCCAUUAUGGCAGUCGGAUUAUUUUCAACCAGAAAUUGGGACUUCAAAAGUGAAAACUUUUGGCAUUCGCUGCACAAUUUGUUACCUGAAGACAGAAACGAUUUCGACUACGACAUGGAAAAGAUUGAUGUUUAUUCAUUUUCAUGGGACGCUAGAAUAGGAUCAUCUAGAUAUCUUCUGAAGGAACCAGAAAAUCCUACUGAAUAUAAAAAAUAUAACAGGUUAAAAGUGCUGCAUUACACACUAAAAUAUUUAUUCAUAGGAUGCAUUUUAUAUUUUGUGAUAGCACCGAGAGUACAACAUUUAGUUUAUUAA